UCAGGCUGCGAGAGCGAGAGCGCGCCUGCGCGUCCCCGACAACAAGUUUUCGCUUCUGCAAAAUCGAGUUGACUCAAGUCGGUUGUCUGUUCACCGGGAUGGAGAUGAAACAAAAGCGGGGGUGAAAUGUUCAGUUAAAGCGGUUAUUUCCCCGAUAGAGUGGUUUGGUCGCUCGCGCCAGGCUGGUGGACCUUGCGACUGUAAGCUUGGAAAGAUUGUUUCCGACCAAGUUGACCCUCCUCCCUCUCCCCUAUGCUCAUCAACCUGACUGUCGCCGUCAAGGAAUCUCGUGCCUUUCAUGGAACACUGCCUCCUCUCCCCGCCGAUUCAGCGCCCGUACAAGUGAAAGUCAUGGAUUCGUGCACGAUGGCGGUGCCUGUCUUGCCACCUCAACCGCCGCCGCCACCUCCCCCUCCUCCACCGCCUCCACCUGCCUCCUCACUGCCUUUGAGCCGGACGGACAGCGCCCAUCGGAGCCGGCUGAGGAAACUCAACUGGGAGCGUAUCCCCAAAGAGAAGGUGGAGGGGAGGAAGAGCGUGUGGAGCGGUGUAGGCCUGGGCGAGGACGAGUUCCCGAUUGAUCUGCACUCUCUGGACGAGCUGUUCGGCCAGAAGGACAGUAAGCUUCAGGACGGGAGCGCCACUGCGAGACGACGGUCUGCUCUGUUACGCUGCAGAACUCCUCAGGAUAGCCCAGAAGAGAUCACUCUACUGGACUCCAAACGCAGUAUGAACAUUGGCAUAUUUCUUCGCCAGUUCAAAAUGCCGGCUAAGGAGAUAGUUGAGGAUAUCAGGCAUGGAGUUGGGGAUCGUUACGGCGCAGAGAAGCUCACGGAGCUCUGCAAGCUGCUACCCGACAAUGAGGAGGAAUCUCGCCUGAGGAGCUUUACCGGGGAACGUCGCUGGCUUGGAGAGCCUGAUCUUUUCAUGCUCCUGCUGGUGGAAGUCCCCAGUUUUCGCCUACGUUUGGAUGCCAUGAUCCUACAGCAAGAGUUUGACCCUGCUCUGACCUCUCUGUGUGUGGCAGCCAGAUGUCUGAGGGAGGCGGCCAGAGAACUGCUGAGCUGUCCUGAAUUACACUCCAUCCUCCGUUUGGUGCUUAAAGCAGGGAACUACAUGAAUGCUGGUGGAUACUCAGGGAAUGCAGCUGGAUUCCGAAUUUCAUCACUGCUCAAACUGGCUGACACCAAAGCUAACAAACCCGGCAUGAACCUGCUUCAUUUUGUAGCUAUGGAAGCUGUGAAGAAGGAUCAGAGUUUACUGUCAUUUCCUAGCCAACUGGGCCAUGUUGGCUCCGCCUCUAGGUUGUGCGAGGAGUCUGUGUUGGAGGAUUUAUCCAAGUUAAAAAGCAGAGUGCUGGUGCUGAAAGCGAAUGUCCGGACAGAGAGACAGAUUUUCCAGCAUACACAAUCUUUCCUAGAGGUGACAGAGGAGCGUCUAAAAGAGGCAGAAGAUGAGGUUGAGGGCAUGAGGAUGUCAAGUCGAGCAUUGGUGGAUUUUUUCUGUGAGGAAGAUAGCACAUUUAAAUUAGAGGAGGCCUGCAGGGUCUUUGACUUAUUUUGCCAGCGCUUCCAAAAAGCUGUCAAGGAGAAUGCAGAGCGCGAGUUGAAGGAGCAGAAACGUCUGGAACGUCAGAGGGUGAUUGGUGAAAAACGUCGGUCCGUGGCUGUCUGCACAGGUCUCGACCUGGGCCAGAGCCUGACCAGAGACCCUCACAGUCAGGAGAACCAAGAUGAGCUGGAGAGACUCCUUGAGAAGAACUUGAGCUACACCUGGAGCCGUCGUAGCCUGAGAAGUUCUGACACGCGCAGGUACUCUCACCACCUGCACAGCGACAAGAGCUUCCCAGAGCUGGGCAGCAGCCCCACUCCCAUCAGCUGUCACUCAAACAGCUCGUCUGACCACGAGACAUCUACUGUGCUUUGUAGCUCUCCCGAGACAGAUGGGUUUUGUUCUCCGGCUGGUCAAGAAAGUGUUUUAGAUAGAGACAACAAGAGUCAGUCGAGGCAACACCAGGUAAUCAAUCAGUGUAUGGAGGUUGUUCAAGAAUCUCACGUUGGAUCGUAUUCACAACAUGGACGUGGCUUCACGGUAGAGCAACAUGGGUCCGAGAGUAUUUCUCUCCAAGUACAGCCAUCAGAAACAAGUGGACUUACAAAUGAGGACUCAUUGUCAUGUAAGCAGAAGGCUACCAAGAACACUGAGUUUUCGCCCAACUCCCGUCGGAAUGGUGCUGCUAUCAACGCAGAUACCCCUUUACUGUGCACUAAUAGGCAGAACUCCAGUCAUAGACAACAUUUUGGAGUGCCCCUGACUGACAAGAAUAAUUCUGUUCAGAAUAAAUUAAAUAGUUGUCGUGUUGAUGACAGUGACAACCGCGCUGCAUCGUUGCGAUAUCGGAGAUCUGAGAAAGAAUCGUUAUCUGUUAAUGUUACAGAUAAUGUGGAGUUACAGCCACUAAACAGAGGGAUUAAAGCAAGUGUUGCAAUGUCUGGGCCUGAUGAGGGUCUGAGGAAGAAGAUAAACACAGGAGGGUUGUUGACUCCUGUCGAGGAAAACUGGAUGCCUUCCAGUCUUCCAGAGUUCAGCCAGUCACACCCAGAGGAGAGCUUGGAUGUGUUGAGUCCUGAGGGGGAGCUUGCGAGGUCAUACUCCCGUGUUGGGGAAACUCUAGAGUGCCACACGCUUGUGAAAGGCCUCCGAUCCUAUGACACCCUGUCACCACCAACAUCCCCACUGCCGCGACCAGGACCAAGCCUUUGCUCCAAGUGGAGGAAAGAGCGGGAGGUUGAUCCGACAACUCCAGCUUCUCCAUCGUUAAAGGAGGAGAGUCGAGCCUUGAAGGGUCCUGUGCGUAGUAGCAUCAGAGCCAAGAGAGGACCUGGGUCAUGUGCAGGACCUUCCAAUAGCACAGGUGUUCCAAGAGUACGCCCCAAAACUGAAGCUACAAAUAUUGGCCCAAUACCGUCUCUAAGCCACCCCACGACCUCACGCUUGUCCUUGCGUUCGUCUCAAGUCACACAGCCUGCUUCACUUCAUGCGGAGGAGAAAAGAAGUAGCAGCGCACGAGAGGGACCACAGACUGCUAAAGAGCCACAGACUCCUGGAAAGUCUCCCCUGACCCAUAGGACCUUAGAGAGACCACCAAAAGACAAGGUCUCAAGCAGGACCCAGUCAGCAUUAGUUAGAGGAAGUCCUCUCCGCGUAUCCAAACGAGUCGCCCCGAACCCUGAGACUCAAGCUACCACUAAGGCUCUCCCGGCCCACAGUCCGUCUUCUGCCACAGCAAAGACCAUACGUACGGCUGUCAUGUCUGCAGGCCGGAAUAAAAACACUAUGACCACAAACACGGGCCCCUGUCCUACCUCUAAAAAUCCUUCACGAAUUCCUGGUCCCAAAAUGCUUCGACCUACAACAACUCAACCACUGUGGAAGUAAAUUUAAUAUAUUUUAGAUCCUUUCUCUCAGUCUAUGCAGAGCUGGUUAUUUCUUUACAUAAUGAGUUCUUGUACAUUAGGCUCAUUCAUCUGCUUGUAACUGAUCGAUUUUGGUAUUAUUUGGGUCACAUUAAGUCAUGUGUCUCAUGUGCAAGUAGAAGAGUAAAUCCUCUUGAGCCCUACCUCGUCUUACACUUUGUAUCCUUUGCAGGCAAUAGGAUACAACUCAAUUGGUGUUUGAACAAAGAGCCAAAUCAUCACGUUGUGCCCAGUCAGAACGCUUGUGCUCUUGUUAAAGUGUAUUAAUCCGUUGCAAAAAAAUCAUUGUGUUCUCAUUGUGUCGUGGUACAAACUUUGUAUCUAUCUAUUGUGCACUUUUUAAAACUGAAGAGGCAGCGAGGAGACUUACUGUUUUUUUCCUCUUGUUUUGUAUCAGAAGAAUAUAUAACAUUUUUGAAUAGUCAUGGCUGUUAUUCACUGUAUUAUUUGUAUAUAGCAUAAAUAAAGGAGGUUAUAUGGACAAA